AUGUCUUGGCGAUUAGCAUUUCAUUCUGCUAAAGUAUUAUUUUCAUAUCUUAUUCCUUAUAAAAUGACAUCAUUUCGUGAGGCUAUCCUUAAUGGAAAUAUACCAAGGAUACGACAAUUGGCUGAUGAAAGACCAAGAUUAAUACAGCAAGCAAUUGAUGCAGACGGCAAUACUGCAUUAGGUUUGGCUAUUGAGUUAGGUGAAGUAGAUGUUGUUAAAACUUUACUUGAGCUUGGUAGUGAUCCAAAUAUUGCAAAUGCAUUUGAUGGUAAUCAUCCACUUGUGAUUUUGGCUAAACUACGUUCUGAAGAAAAUUCUAAAAUGCCCAUAUUAACUGAUCUUUUACUUUCUGCUGGAUCAGAUCCAUUAUAUGAAGUACGUUAUCAAGCUGAUACUAUAUCUCGUAUUGAUGUAACACAAACACCAUCAUUUCAUGAAACACCAUUACUUUGUUCUAUCCGUUUUCAAAACGAAGUUCUUCUUCGAAAACUAAUUGAACGUGGAGUUGAUAUAAAUGCACCCAAUCCAGAAACAGGCAUUAGUCCAUUAAUGUUAGCUUCAGAACUUGGUUAUAUUAAUAUGUGUAAUAUUUUAAUUGAUGCUGGUGCUAAUAUCAAUGCAUGUGAUCAUGCAAAUAAUACAGCAUUACAUCUAGCUAUUCAAGGUUUUGGUGAUAAGAUGCCUGUUAUACAAGCAUUAAUUGAACAUGGUGCUGAUCCUAAUAUAGCUAAUGACGAUGGUUUUACUGCAAUUAUGUUUGCUGGACAAAUGCAAGAUGAGGCAUGCCUUAAAUUACUUCAAUCAAAAACAAUGGAUGGAAUAGAACCACCAAAAUAUCAAGAAGUUGACAAUUAUAACGCAGAACAAACAAAUGAAACAGUAUUUUCAUUUACAUAA